ACAGCGCCUCUUUGGCCAGAGCUGGGAUUCUACGGUGCCUGUUGGGUACGCAGUCCUGCUCCUCCCUUCCCUGCCUGUGACCGGACUUUGAAAUCGGCUUUAGAGAAAAGUCUACCAGAUCAAUCCAAGGAGCUGAAUACACUUCAAGAGGAACACGGCAAGUACAUGAAUGCAGCUCGGUCUGAGUUUCAAGGGCUUUAGUACACGGAAGAACUAGUUUUGCUCAGUACGGAUCCUCUGCCCCACGCAGGAAAUGACAGAGGCCAGCGUCCUCUUCCUCCGUGCCUGCCUCGCACUGCUUGCCAUGCCCAUCUACCUGCUAUCGUUCCUGGGCAUAUGGGAGCCUUUCUGUAGGAAGAUCUUUUUUCCUUAUUUCUUAGAGAAGUUUUCUGCGGUUCACGAGAGGAAAACAAAGAAGCAGAAACAGGAGCUAUUUCGUAAUCUACCUGACUUCACGAGCCCCUCAGGAGAGCUGAAGCUGCUGGAGAUCGGGACCGGCUGCGGUGCUAACUUCCAGUUCUACCCACCAGGCUGCAAAGUCACGUGCACUGACAUAAACCCCAACUUCCAGCGAGGCCUUUCGAGAAGCAUGAACAAGAACCAGCACGUCCACUACGAGCGUUUCCUAGUAGCUGCAGGAGAAGACCUGCACCAGGUGCCCAGCGGUUCUGUGGACGCCGUCAUCUGCACCUUGGUCCUCUGCUCUGUGCACAGUGUGAACGGCACCCUGAAGGAGGCACUGCGAGUGCUCAGACCAGGAGGCGCUUUCUAUUUCUUAGAGCACGUGGCCGCUGAUCAUUCCAGCUGGAAGUAUUUUUGGCAGCAGAUCUGCUAUCCGACUUGGAAACUCGUCUUUGAUGGAUGCUGCCUAACGAGAGAGAUAUGGAAGAAUCUCGAACAGGCCAACUUCUCGGAGCUGAAAUUACAACACAUAAGCGUAGCGCUGCCCUGGACGCCCAUUCAGCCUCACAUCAUCGGGUACGCCGUGAAGUAACUCACACCGCCCCGCUGGGCCUUCUCCCCUGUCGUGUGUCCCCCCCCCCCAAUUCCUUGACAUAGUCAAUGCAAACAACAGGGCAUAGGCUAAUCCAGACGUCUGAAUCUAGGUAACACGCUGAAGGACUUUAAUUACGUUUCGGAUUCAAGCAUCAAAUCGGAAGAUAGAGUCAGUUUUCUAAACAUCUUCGAAGCCCUUGUGCUGCUGGCGGUGCCUCACUGGCCCCCCGCGCAGCCCACGGAGGAUCCCGGGAGGAGGCUGCAGGAGAGCACAGAACAGCCCAGCAGGCAGAAAGAAAACGCGUUAAGGGAACUUCUGCCUAUGUCUGGUUAACUCCGGGAGGGGAUUCCUUCCUUCAGGUGCUCCCCACGCUGGGAAACAGCCGGGCCUCGGUGAGCCGUUGUACGCCGGCGCUGGGCUCGACCUGCUCCCCUCACCCCAUGCUGCGUCAGAGCUGUUCACGUUCCAGCCUCACAGAACAAACAGCCAGACGCAAACCCUCAACACCUCACUGCGCCUCAGCCGCAAGUGCUUCUUUACAGAAGACGGGGGUGGGAUGGAGGAGGGCGGGCACCCACCCUGCCUCCCCACAUGACACCAAAGUCUCUCGGUCGCUUGGCUGCCCGCCCGCCCCUGCGCGGUUAAUCGGUUCUAACACUGUUUGCCACUGGAGGAUUAAAAUACUCGUGUUUAACGU